GAAAAUUCGUUCGUACGGUUCCUUCGAACGAAUCAUCUAGUCGUAUUAUUUCUUUCCUUUUCGCUUAGCAUGGCAUUGGCAGCGCGAGUGUGAGUUGUAAACAAGGGUCAUGAAGGCGCGUGUUAUUGUGUUUCGUUGAGUGAAUUAUUUCCUCGUCGAAGGACAUGACAAGUUACCAUGAGUGAACGUCACCCAAAAUUUAUUCAAGUUGUGUAAAGUGAAAGUUAUGUUAUUAGUGUACUAAUUUUACAAGGCAAAAAAAUACUAGUCGAAAUGUCAUCUGCAGAAAGACAGCCUUUGAUAAGACCGGAGGAAGAAAUUAUUUCUUACGGUGUUAAUGUUGCGGAUGGCACUGGAUCAAUAAAUAAUGAAGAUGAUGCUACUCAGGAAAGUGAAUGUAGGACUCAUUGUGCACCUGAAACUGUUGAAGUUGGAAAUCUAAACCUUUUAUCCGCAAAGUUUGAGAGUUUGGAUUAUGAUACCUGUGAAAAUCAUUUACUGCUGGAUGAAGAACGGAGCAAAGGUUAUAAAUUUAUUAUGAAGAAAAGUUUUGCACGGUGGAUUAUAUUUUUAUUGAUAGGAAUAUUUACAGCUCUCAUAGCAUGCUUCAUUGAUAUAAUGAUUGAAGUACUUUCUGAUCUCAAGUACAAUUGUCUUCAGUUCUAUGUUGACUCGUGUGUAUGGAAUUAUUGUCUGGUAAAGCCAUACCUUUUGUGGAUGGUUCUCAACAUUGUUCCUGUUGUAAUAGGCUCUCUGUUAGUUACAUAUUUAGAGCCUGUAGCAGCAGGCAGCGGUAUACCACAAGUUAAAUGCUAUUUAAAUGGGGUUAAAAUUCCCAGAGUUGUUCGUAUAAAAACUUUGCUGGUCAAAGUUUUUGGUGUUAUUAGUUCAGUUGUUGGUGGACUUGCAGUGGGAAAGGAAGGUCCAAUGAUUCAUUCGGGUGCAGUCGUAGCUGCAGGUAUUUCUCAAGGGAAAAGUACUACCCUCAAAGUAGACCUGCGGAUACUGGACUACUUCCGAGAGGAUCAUGAGAAACGUGAUUUUGUAUCUGGAGGUGCAGCAGCAGGUGUUGCAGCUGCUUUUGGAGCUCCCGUUGGUGGUGUUCUUUUCAGUCUUGAAGAAGGUACUAGUUUUUGGAAUCAGAGUCUAACAUGGAGAAUAUUUUUUGCUUCAAUGGUUAGCACAUUUACUUUAAACAGUGUCCUUAGUACCUACCAUGGAAGACCUGGUGAUUUGUCUUACUGUGGCCUGCUAAAUUUUGGAAAGUUUGAGACUAUUGUUUACACCUUCAGUGAGUUCUUUAUAUUUAUUUUGAUGGGAAUGGCUGGCGGAUUACUUGGUGCUCUUUUUAAUCACAUCAAUUACAAGCUUACAGUAUUUCGUCUUCGAUACAUUCAAGCCAGGUGGUUAAAAGUAUUUGAAGCAGCAAUGGUUGCUGCCCUCACAUGCACAGUUGGUUUCGCCAUGAUUUAUGGCAUGGAUGACUGUAAACCUUUAGGGCAAGAUCCCACAAAAUUUCCUGUGCAGAUGUUUUGUGGAGAUGGGCAAUACAAUGUGUUAGGGUCAAUUUGGUUUCAAACACCAGAAGCAAGUGUAAGAUCUCUCUUCCAUGAUCCACCAGGUUCUCAUAAAGUAUUAUCUGUUGCUGUAUUUUUUGUUGGUUACUUCCUAUUAUCUUGUUGGACAUACGGUUUAAGUGUAUCUAGUGGCCUUUUUAUUCCAUCCUUGUUGACUGGAGCAGCAUGGGGCCGGUUAGUGGGCAUGGGUCUUGAGAUCCUGUUGCCUGGUUGGAAGGUAGAUCCAGGAAAGUAUGCUCUUGUAGGAGCAGCAGCUCAGUUGGGAGGUGUUGUGCGUAUGACUAUCAGUCUAACUGUCAUUCUUAUAGAAGCCACUGGUAGUAUUUCCUUUGGUUUACCCUUAAUGAUCACGCUCAUAAUGGCCAAAUGGGUUGGAGAUUUUUUUAAUGAGGGCAUAUACGAUAUUCAUAUUCAGUUGGCUGGUGUACCACUCUUGCCAUGGGAACCACCACCCCUUUCCAACAAUAUUUAUGCUAGUGGUAUAAUGAGUCAUCCUGUUGUAACCUUUAAUGCUGUUGAAAAUGUUGGACAUAUCAUCGAUGUUCUUCGCUCAGAGACUCACAACGGAUUUCCAAUAGUAGAUCAACAAUGUCAAGAUGCGGAUAGUAUGAAAACUUGUGGAACUUACCGAGGAAUUAUUUUACGGUCUCAAUUGAUUGUUCUGUUACAAAAUAAGAUAUUUAAUGAAUCUGUAGAAAUUUGGAAUCCUAAGCAAGUGUCAAUUAAAAUGUUUUGGAAGGCUUAUCCUCGCUAUCAAAGUAUUAAGGAUGUAAGUGUUACCCAAGAAGAACGUUUGUUCACAAUUGAUCUGAGACCUUUUAUGAAUCCAGCGUCGUACACACUUCUACAUUCUGCAUCACUUCCCCGGGUUUUCCGUUUAUUCAGAGGCCUUGGUUUAAGGCAUUUAGUCAUUGUUAAUGACUCAAAUGAGGUCAUAGGAAUUGUCACUCGUAAAGAUGUUGCAAGGUUUAGAGUUUGGAAACAUAGAGGCAGAAUGGGAAUGAUGGAAUUGAUGAUUUCAGAAAAACUCUGAAGAUAAAAAUCUUGCCAUUCACUUCAGUGUUUUUAUCAGUUAUUUUUGAAAAGUUCCCAGCCCAUCCAUGCCCAAAGUGAGAAAAAAAGUUUGACAGGUAGUAUUACCAGCAUGAGGAGGAAGUAAUACUCCAUUUGACUAAUUUCUAUAGGGGUCAUUAUUGAGUUGAACAGUCUUCACCACCAGGUUGUUGGUCUGGGCCUUCAGUUCCUCUCCCUCCACCAUGGAGUAUUCUUUCAGGACUCCACCUUCCACCAUGGAUGCAAGUUCUGCGACAGUUGCAUCCACGACCAGCCACUGUCUCCGUGUCUUUUUAGUUCUUCAAUUGUAUCUUCAGAUUUUCUCGCAAGGCUUUUUCUACAUACGUUGUGAUAUCAUUAAUGUAGUCUAUUAAAUAUAUUCAUUCAUUAAUGCAGGUGAAAAAUGGCAUCGCUUUGUCUCUGAAAUUGUCGUAUCUUAAGAGAAGCUCAGUGGUACUCAGUGGCGUAUCUGAGUGAAGUUGGAAACCUAGUGACCUGUGAACGUGUCAAGUUGGCAAGAAAGUGUGCUUCCAUCUACAGCAGGGCAUGUGAACUAGUGCAGACGCUGCUAGUGAUAUUGCACAGAGGUUAAGCUAAAGGUAUUAACAUAAAAUUAGCUUUUUUUAGCAAAAUGUUUUGGAAAUGCAACUAUCUGUCAUCACCGCAUAUAGAAGUUUUAUUGAACAAAGAAGAUGUGUCUUUGCACGAGGUCAUGGAUGAAGAAAAUGUGUUGGAAGAAUGUCGAAUACAGAACAAAAAAUUGAUUGAUUACUUGUCGAGACCAGAUGUGAUGGAAGAGUUGGUGACCCUUACAACAGUGGAGCCAUCUGGCGAAUUGGAUGAACGUGCUCGUUACAAAUAUUCAAACAUUGCAUGUGAACUUUUGACCUGUGACGUUCCCGCUCUUAACGAGCGUCUUGCUGGUGAUGAAGCUUUGCUGGGCAAGCUGUACGCGUUUUUGGAAGCAGACUGUCCUCUAAACCCCCUAUUGGCUUCAUUUUUCAGUAAAACAAUUGGUGUAUUGGUUGCUCGCAAAAGUGAACAAAACUGGUAUUCAUAUCAGUUUACUUGCUUACAAGUUUUGGAAUUUCUCAAAUCUAAAGAAAAUUGCAUUAGCCUGUUAAUGAAACAUUUGGGUACAUCUGCCAUUAUGGACUUGGUAUUGAAACUUAUAAUCCAUGUGCAGGGACCUGAGAUGAAACAGAACAUUUUGAAUUGGCUCGAUAGUCAGCAGGUUGUGCAGUGUCUUGUGGGAUUAUUGGACCCCUCUGUAGAUGCUCAACGUCAUGCAAAUGCUUCCCAAUUAUUGUGUGAUGUAAUAAAAAUGUCAAGGGAGAAACAGCUCACCACAGAUCGCCCAGAACCUGACCCAAUACUCAACACACUUGAAUCACCAGAGACUGUGUCACAACUUCUUGAACAUAUUUUGAAUACUGAGAAAUGCGAAACCGCUAUUGUGGGGGGCAUAUCAGUACUUCUGGCAUUAUUGGAUUGCAACAAACCAAAUGGAUCAAGCGUUGGCAUUAAUAAAACAUUUGGUGUUGGUGAUCAAGCUGAAGAAACAACGGGAGAAAAAGAGCAACCAUCGAAAAUUGUGCUUAGCACAAGUCAUGCUAUUCUACCCUACUUGAAGGAUUUACAUAAUUUACUUCUAGACCCCCCUCAGAAACCUUCUGUCAAAACAACAGCUGGUGCUUUGGACCCUCCAUUAGGUAAUACAAGACUGCAUAUUGCCAAAUUACUUGCUGCUUUACUAGCCACAAACUCUGGGGAAGUAAAUAAAGAAUUGGCAAAUCUAGGAACCUUAGAAGUAUUGUUGGAUUUGUUUUUCAAGUAUACAUGGAAUAAUUUUCUGCAUACUCAAGUUGAACAAUGUUUAUACUAUGCGUUGGAAUCAGAGUUAAAUAAUACUUCUGAUGAAACAGCCACCCACACUUUGUUGAAGCAUAUAUUUGUUCAAUGUCAGUUAUUGGAGAAAGUAUUAAAAGCGUGGGAAGAAAAUGAAACACAACAAUCCAAACCUGGAGGUCGUCGUCAUGGCUACAUGGGUCAUCUUAUCAAAAUAGCCAAUCAUAUAGUAGAUCAUGCUUGUAAAGGUCCUCUUGCAGACUUUAUCAAAGAGCAUGUGCCAGAAGAAACUGCAUCUGCUUGGGAUGCAUUUGUUACCAAUACAUUAUCAGAAAUAAAUAAAACACACAACAUUGUUUUGGGUGGAACUCCUCCAGUUGACUCAAACACGGAAGAUGACACUGCAUAUCAAGAAAUUGCAUUCCAGCAACCUCAAAUGUAUCGAAUGUUUAGUGCUGAUUUUCAGUUACCACAAAUGUCUCCCCAGUUCAUUGACAAUUAUGAUAUUCAUGAUGAUGAAUUUGGUGAUGGUGAUGAAAAUUUGCAUGUAGACCGAAUGAAUAACAAAACAUUUGAUUAUUCCAAUGAAAAGGUUUUUAAGCGUGUAUGUGCUCAGAAGUCUAAUGCUUUUGAUGGAGAAGAUGAAGCCUGGAAUGACCAUGAUGACGACGACGAUACUCCCACUUUUGAUCAGGAAGUACAAAAAGAUAAACAGUGGCCUUGCAAAGAUGACAAAGAAGAUGAAAGCAAAGGUGACAAUGAUGAUAAUGAUAAUGAUAAUAAUGAUGACGAUGCUGAUAAUAAUGAUGAUGAUGAUAGUAAAAGCAGUUCUGAAAAGAAAGAAGUAGAAAUGGAGGUGGACACAAUGGAUCCGUGGACCUCACCUGAUGUCACAAGUGAAGGAGCUGCAGCACCUGUUGCUGUUGAUGCUGUCAAUCCAUGGGCUUGCAGUUCUGAUCCAACUACAGCUCCAGCUCCUUCUGGGGAUGAUGCAGGUUGGGCAGAUUUUGGAAAUGCAGGUUUUGCUGAUUUUGAAGCUAACUUUUCAUCACAAGAUGUGAGUGAAAACAAAGAAACUGACAAUAAUGUUCCUCCAAGUGCUUUAGGGGAUUCUGAAAAUGUAACAACAAAUGUACCAACUACAUCAGAAUAUAAUUUUUCAGUGGUUUUAUAGUCAAUGUGUUACAGCUUAGAGUCCAUAACAAACAAUUGAGACAUACCUAUACACAUUCUCAUUCAAUGAGAAAAUAAUACUUUGAAUAUACCCAUGUUAUAAUAUAAAUUGCUUUAAACACUGUUGUUAAUGCUUUAUUGGAUAUUUUCAGUGUGAACUUCAAAGUGCUAUAUUUAAGUAUGUUUGUAGGUAUGUUAUUAUAAUUCCAAUGUUUAGUAUUUUGUUCAAUUUAAAAAUCAUAGUAAUUAAAACGAAGUAGGUGUGUAAAGUGAACUGCUUUAUUAAGAGAUCUUAGGGAAAUCCUUUUUAAUGAAUUUUCACCAGAGCAACUGGACUUGGCCAUAAGAGAAGUGCAACAUGACACCUUUUUUAAGAGUUGUGUAUCAUGCCUAUAGAAAAUCAUGUGAAUGUAGAUAAUUUAUUAUCAAUGGAAGAUGGACAGUUAAUUAAAUUAGUUUUAAUAUUGUUAUAUAUGAGCGAAUUGAUUAGUUUUGAAUCUGUGUAUACAUUGGUGAUAAUAGGUUGCUGUUGAUGCGUGAGAAAUGGCCGCCGAUGUUACCCGAACUUGCUUACCCCCACAAUGUAAUAUGACGCCUUAAGUAUUUUUUAGGAUUAUAAUGUUGGUUUUUGAGUUUACUGUAAGAAAUGAUUUUAUUGUUCUUCAUUCCCAUGGUCAACAUCCUUUUCCCUCCCGAUAGUUACUUCCUGUCUUUUCCGUGCAAUCAUUGCUACCACGCGUACGCAAGGAAUGUUCAACUGAAGUAACUAAAACUUCAUGCGGCCCCUGUGGACGAAACCAAAGAGAAAUUGGGUAUUAGCCACUGCGAUCUCCGUCGGAAGGUGACAAAAGAGUUCGACAAGGAUUAUUUUGGGAGCACUGUUCGGAAGGGUGCAAGUCAUGUACAAUUAAAUUGUAUUAAUUUUAUUGUAUUGUUGAAAAGUCAAGGAAAUAUAAUUAGCAAUAACUAACAGGAACUGCAUUCAAUGUUAAUUCUUAACCUCACCUUAACAUUAAGACGGAAAUAUGUGACGAGGACGUGAAAUGAUUGCUUGUUUAAGAUUUACGGUUGGGUAUCGGGCUAGACAAUGAAAAUGUUAGAAACGCGUAACAAUUUACAUAAGUUUUUGUUACUCCUUCAGCAGAGCACUAGUUAUAAAAAGGGAAUUAGUAAUUGCCCGUUACAAAGAUUCUCAGAAUUAUGCUUUGUUUUUUACGAUUUGGUUCAUUGGAAAAAUCGAUAUAUCGUUCAAUGACUCGAGCAGUCGAUUGUAUUCAGAACUCAUGGUGCAUGAAUGCCAUGAAAUCGUAUGGCUGACUGGCGGCGUCAUGCACGUGGAGUUGGACGGAAAAUUAAUAGCGAAGUCGUAGAAGAAUAAUGUUCUGUCAUGGUUUAGUGUGGAUGUGUUUUAUUACACAGUUUUCGAUGUUUUAACAAGCACGGGAACAAAUAUUCAGAACUUUCAAUUAAUGGAAGUAGUUUAAUUUAGGUGCUAUUUGUCAUUUUCUUAGAAUUAUUUUAGGUUAAUUCUUGUUUCUAUCAAGAAAUAAUGGGGAAACCGAAGGCUAAGCGCAGAGGUCUUUCAGAAAGUGCUUCUGCAAAAGGAGCUAUGCCAAAAAAGACACUUAACCCAUUCGAAAUCCAUGUGAAUAGACAGAAAUUUAAUGUUAUUGGUCGAAAACUGAAGUCUGAAAGAGGCUUGCCAGGAAUUUCUCGCUCGAGAGCUAUGGCAAAGAGAAAGGCUACUCUUCUUCAAGAAUAUAAAGUAAAAGAUAAAUCAAAUAAAUUCUUUGAUAGGAGAAUAGGAGAGAAAGAUAGAGAGAUGACAAAUGAAGAUAAAGUUAUUGCACGAUUUACUGCAGAGAGAAUGAAAUCGUUUAAGAAGAAACAAAUAUUCAACUUGGCAGAGGAUGAAGUUCUUACUCAUCGUGGGCAAACUUUAAGUGAAAUUGAAAAAUUUGAAGAUUUUCAUAGCGAUGAUGAUGAGGAUGUCAAUGACACUGGCAAACUUGGCGCCAGCUUUGUUGAAGAUGCUCAUUUUGGUGGAGGCCCAGAAGACAGAGACAAGAAAAGUCGUAAAGAUUUAAUUGCACAAUUAAUAGCUGAAUCUAAGAAACGAAAAGCAGAGAAACAGAACAUUCGGGAACAAACAUUGGAUUUGACUGAGAAGUUGGAUACAGAAUGGCAUGAUCUUCUACCCAUUGUAGCAUCAUCAAAAAAGAAGCCAACAGAUCCUGUAGAAGUUGAAAAACCAGAUUCUUAUGAUGUAAUGAUGAGAGAGUUAAAAUUUGAAGCAAGGGUUAAAGCAUCUGAUCCUCUGAAAACAGAACAGGAAAUACAAGAGGAAGAAAGAAAGAAACGAGCUGAACUUGAAGCAGAAAGAGAAAAGAGAAUGUUUGCGGGUGAAGAAAAUGAACAGUUGUACAAGCAUCGAAGUGCUGACGAUUUAGACGAUGGAUUUGCAAUUGAUGUAGAGCCUGAAGUUACUCUCACUUAUGAUUUGGAAGGUAACAUUAUGCUUCGUGAGUUUGAAAGCACUGAAAUGGAGGAAGAAAGUUCAAGGUCUGCUAACCAGCUAGAUAAAGUGAAUGAAAAUCAAGAGGAUAGCAAUGAUGGUGGUAGUAAUAAUGAUGAAGAAGAAGAAGAAGAAAAUAGUGGUAGUGAAGAUGAUGAUAACGAUGAUGAUGAAGAAACUGAUGAUUCUUUGUCUGACUUAAGACCAUCAUCAGGGAAUGAAUCCUCUGCGGAGGAUAACAAUCAGAAAGAAGCAAAGCAAGAAAGAGAAGAACAAACAGAAAGGAUUAAAAUUGAAGAUAGUGUGGAAACCAUGAAUAAUAAAUUAGCGAGCGAAAGACUUCUAAUAGUUGCUAAUUUGUUGACAGAAAAAGAUAAAAGUGUAUUUUUGCAGAGUGUUAAAAUAAAAUUUCCAAAUUUCUCCAGUGUUCCUGAAACAUAUGAAGCCCUCCACAAAAUUUUGAAAUGCUAUAAUGCUGAAGAGCAGGGUGUAAUUAUAGAUCACAUAAUGAAAAAAAACCACAUUAGUUUAAAUGAAGUCAAUAGAUCACGACUAGAAACAUUGUUUCAGUUCCUUUUACAACAUAUAGAUCAUUCAGCUUCACAGGAUGCUGGACAAGGUUUAAAAGUUCUCAAUUAUCUAGCACCAUCACUUUAUGAUUUAGCUCAUAUGUCACCGGAGUGUGUAUCUCGUAGUGUCCUAGAAAUAAUCAAAGAGAAACAACAGGCCUUCCAGAAUCGUCAGCAGAAAUAUCCUACCUUCAAUUCUUUAAUUUUCUUCAAAGUUGUGUCUUUGUUAUUUCCAACAUCAGAUUUUCAACAUCCAGUUGUCUCUCCAUCAGUGGUUUUCAUGUGUCAGAUGCUCUUUCAGUGUCGUGUGAAAUCUAGAAGAGACAUUUCUGCUGGAUUAUUUCUUGUUACCAUGGUGUUAGAGUUCACAGUUCUGUCAAAGAGAUUUUCACCAGCUGCCAUAAAUUUCUUGUGUGGAGUGCUGCAUCUAGCAAUUCCCAAGAGGCUAGUUCAAGUGGCUAGUGUGCUGCCUAUUCCUCCUUUCCGAAGAGUUGGUGAAUAUAGUGACUUGCUUUUAUUGGAGGAUAAAGUUGAAGAUGUAGAUGCACCUUUUCAAAUGAAGGUGGCAGAUUUAUCUGAAGAGACAAUUGACACAAGCUUCAAAAUCAGGGCUUUAGCUAGUGCAGUGGCAAUGCUUGGUGAAUUUGUGUCGAAUCUUAGUUAUCUCCAAGCAAGUCCUAACAUGUUUUAUCGUGCUUCAGUUUUGUUGUCCAAAGUGCCAAUUCAUCAUUAUCCUACCAAAGUUCAAACUGAAAUAGAAAAAUUAUCACUAGCCUUCCAGAAAUUGAAAGAGAAGACACUGCAAUUCCUGGUCGUUGAAAGGAAAAGACCAAAAGCAUUGAGACUCUACGAACCCAAGAUUGAAACUGUCUGUGAUGGAAAGCGAAUACGCCCAAUGGGUGCUGAGAAAAUGGAAAGAGAGAGACUUUUACACAAAAUCAAACGAGAGAAAAAAGCUGCUUUGCGUGAGAUUCGCCGUGAUAAUGCAUUCCUAUCAAAAUUGAAGUUUAAGGAAACUAUUCAGAGUGAUAAGGAACGAUUCCAGAAAGUUAAGGAAAUAUUUGGAAGUGCUGCUACUCAACUUGGUGAAAUUCGUGCAUUGGAGAGGAAGAAGAAUCGUCUGAAAAAAUAGUCACUUAAGAAAAUAAAUUAAUUGUACAAACUUUAUAAUAAAAAAUAGCCAUAUUUAUUUUUAAUAUUGGCAUGUAAAUAUUGUUUUAUAUAAAAUAAAAAUAAGUUUUCUUACACUUUGUGUAAAGUAAACC